UGUCAUGUGACUCUCAGGCUGCGCUAUGGCGGAAGCAGAGGAGCAGGAAACGGAGUCUCUUGAAGAAUCUACAGAUGAGUCAGAGGAAGAGAGUGAAGAGGAACCCAAACUGAAGUAUGAAAGGCUUUCCAAUGGGGUGACAGAGAUUCUUCAGAAGGAUGCAGCAAGCUGUAUGACGGUCCAUGACAAGUUUUUGGCACUGGGUACACAUUAUGGCAAGGUUUAUUUACUUGACGUCCAGGGAAACAUCACUCAGAAGUUUGAUGUAAGCCCUGUGAAGAUAAACCAGAUUAGCUUGGAUGAAAGCGGAGAACACAUGGGGGUGUGUUCAGAGGAUGGCAAGCUGCAGGUCUUCGGACUGUAUUCUGGAGAAGAAUUUCACGAGACUUUCGACUGUCCCAUUAAAAUCAUUGCUGUGCACCCACAGUUCGUGAGAUCCAGUUGUAAGCAGUUUGUGACCGGUGGGAAAAAGUUGCUGCUAUUUGAACGGACUUGGAUGAACAGAUGGAAGUCUUCUGUCCUACACGAAGGGGAAGGGAACAUAAGGAGUGUGAAGUGGAGAGGCCAUCUGAUUGCUUGGGCCAACAAUAUGGGUGUGAAGAUUUUUGACAUCACCUCAAAGCAGAGAAUCACCAAUGUUCCCCGAGAUGAUAUAAGUCUUCGCCCAGAUAUGUAUCCCUGCAGCCUCUGCUGGAAGGACAGUGUGACACUCAUUAUUGGCUGGGGAACUUCUAUCAAGAUAUGCUCAGUGAAGGAACGCCAUGCCAGUGAGAUGAGGGAUCUGCCAAGUCGAUAUGUUGAGAUAGUGUCUCAGUUUGAAACAGAAUUCUACAUUAGUGGACUUGCGCCUCUCUGUGAUCAGCUUGUUGUACUUUCCUACGUAAAGGAGGUUUCAGAAAAAACGGAAAGAGAAUACUGUGCAAGACCUAGACUGGACAUCAUCCAGCCGCUUCCGGAGACUUGUGAAGAGAUCUCAUCUGAUGCUUUGACAGUCAGAGGCUUUCAGGAGAAUGAAUGUAGGGAUUACCACUUAGAAUACUCUGAAGGGGAAUCACUCUUCUACGUUGUGAGUCCAAGAGAUGUCGUCGUAGCCAAGGAACGAGACCAGGAUGAUCAUAUCGACUGGCUCCUUGAGAAGAAGAAAUAUGAAGAAGCUUUGAUGGCAGCUGAAAUUAGCCAGAGGAACAUUAAAAGACAUAAGAUUCUGGAUAUUGGGUUGGCAUAUAUAAACCACCUGGUGGAGAGAGGAGAGUAUGACAUGGCUGCAAGAAAAUGCCAGAAAAUUCUUGGGAAAAAUGCAUCUCUCUGGGAAUACGAAGUUUACAAAUUUAAAGAAAUUGGGCAGCUUAAAGCAAUUAGCCCCUAUUUACCUCGAGGGGACCCAGUUCUGAAACCACUCAUCUAUGAAAUGAUUUUGCACGAAUUUCUGGAAAGUGAUUAUGAGGGCUUUGCCACAUUGAUCAGAGAGUGGCCUGGAGAUCUGUAUAACAAUUCUGUGAUAGUUCAAGCAGUUCGAGACCACCUGAAGAAGGACAGUCAGAACAAGACUUUAUUGAAAACACUGGCAGAAUUGUACACCUAUGACAAAAAUUACGGCAAUGCUCUGGAAAUAUAUUUAACGUUAAGACAUAAAGAUGUUUUCCAGCUGAUACACAAGCAUAAUCUUUUCAGCUCCAUUAAGGAUAAAAUUGUUUUAUUAAUGGAUUUUGAUUCAGAGAAAGCUGUUGACAUGCUUUUGGACAAUGAAGAUAAAAUUUCAAUUAAAAAAGUGGUAGAAGAAUUAGAAGACAGACCAGAACUGCAGCAUGUGUAUUUGCAUAAGCUCUUCAAGAGAGACCAUCAUAAGGGACAGCGCUACCAUGAAAAACAGAUCAGUCUGUAUGCCGAAUAUGAUCGACCAAACCUACUUCCUUUUCUCCGAGACAGUACCCAUUGCCCACUUGAAAAGGCACUUGAGAUCUGUCAACAAAGAAACUUUGUAGAAGAGACAGUUUACCUUCUGAGCCGAAUGGGAAACAGCCGAAGUGCCCUCAAGAUGAUUAUGGAGGAGCUGCAUGAUGUUGAUAAAGCAAUUGAGUUUGCCAAGGAACAAGAUGAUGGGGAGCUCUGGGAAGAUCUGAUUCUGUAUUCCAUCGACAAACCACCAUUUAUCACUGGCUUGUUGAACAACAUUGGCACACAUGUGGACCCUAUUCUGCUGAUCCACCGAAUUAAGGAAGGAAUGGAGAUUCCCAAUUUGAGAGAUUCCUUGGUUAAAAUUCUGCAAGAUUAUAACUUGCAGAUUCUGCUUCGGGAAGGCUGCAAGAAAAUCCUCGUAGCUGACUCGUUGUCUUUGCUGAAAAAAAUGCACCGAACCCAAAUGAAAGGCGUUCUGGUCGAUGAAGAGAAUAUCUGUGAGUCGUGCCUUUCUCCCAUCCUCCCAACAGAUGCAGCGAAGCCCUUCAGUGUGGUGGUCUUCCAUUGUCGCCACAUGUUCCACAAGGAGUGCCUACCUAUGUCAAGCAUGAAUGCUCCUGCACAGUACUGCAACAUCUGUAGUGCUAAGAACCGUGGGCCUGGGAGUGCCAUCCUGGAGAUGAAGAAGUAGGUGGCCUGCCUGCUUGCCUGCCUGCCCUUUGCCACUCUACACUGGGUGACUGUUGGACCACAGCAGCUAUGUCAACGCCAGUGCUGUUCAGUGAUGUGUAUAGGGCUACUCUGUGCUCCACGUCAGUUGUUUCUCCAGACCUUCCUUCCAAAAGCUGCUUCUUGUCACUGAUGGAGAAGUCAAAACUAUUCUCAUGCCAUGAAAUAUUUGGAUUGAUAAUCAAUAUUUCAUGAUUUGUUUAUUUGGCUUAUUUAGUUAGCAAAUGAAAACCCAAGUCUCAGAGUUUGAAGUGACUUCAUUAGACCCUAGUUACACCACCAAGCACUGCUGAGAACCCUGCCAGCUACAGCCAGCCAGAAGUUCUGCUGGGAGCAGUUCUGGCAUGCCUGGUUAUGUUGUUUGUCAUCAAUUGUGGGUAACUUCCUAGUAUGCAUUUAAUAAAAUGCUGAAAAGUGACCCUCGCUCAGUGACAUGGGAAUCUGAUUAGCUGAUGUACUAUGGCUUUAUGUUCGCUACUUACAUGCUGUGCAUUCUGGGUAGUUGAGUUAUCUGGUCCCGUCAGGUAAUCAAUAUUUGUUGAAUGAAUAAAUGUUGCCUUUCUCA